AUGCGGCCACUCUCCUACCUGCCGCUGGCACCGGCGCCGCAGUUGCGAGCAAACCCUGGCCCCGGCCCCGGCCCCGGUCGCGGGCCCAGGCCGCAGCCGUGCGGGUUGCCGUUCCCCGACGCUCUCCGCGCGGCUGCGGCUGCCGCUGCGGCCGCGGCCGCCGUCUCCCUCUCUCUCAUCUCUGGCAACGCCGUGGGCGCGGUUUUCGCGGCGUCAGCGGCGCAGCCCACGGAGGUGUGCCGGAACGGGGGCGCGGCGAUGGUAGAGGAGGUGAGGGCCGAGGCGGUGACUAACGAGCAGCUCGUGGAGGAGGCGUGGGAGGUGGUCAACGAGAGCUUCCUCCCCGACGCCGCAAGCCGCCCGUGGUCGCCAGAGAUGUGGAUGCAAAGGAAGCAGGAUGUUCUCCAAGGCACAAUUAAAUCCCGUGCUAGAGCCCAUGAUAUCAUUCAGAAGAUGCUAGCGAGCCUUGGUGACCCUUAUACUCGGUUUCUAUCUCCCUCAGAAAUUCCUGAUGACAAUGGUUCUUUUAAGUUGAUGGUAUUAGGGCUGCUGUUAGACGGGCCUGCUUACUCUGCCGGUGUUAGACAGGGUGAUGAGCUUUUAUCAGUCAACGGCGUUGAUGUAAGGGGUAAAUUUGCAUUUGAUGCUUCAUCCAUGCUGCAAGGUCCAAAGGAGACGUUUGUUACGAUUAAGGUUAAGCACGGUGACUGUGGUCCUGUUGAGUCAAUGAAGGUGCAGAGACAACUGGUUGCUCGAACUCCAGUUUUCUAUCGUUUGGAGAAAAGAGAAAAUGAUGAUUCAUCUGUUGGGUAUAUUCACAUUACAGAGUUCAAUGCAGUGGCCAAAAAAGAUUUGGUUAGUGCGCUAAAACGUCUACAGAAUUCAGGUGCCUCCUAUUUUGUUCUGGAUUUGAGGGACAAUCUUGGUGGACUAGUGCAAGCUGGAAUCGAGAUAGCAAAGCUCUUUCUGAAUAAAGGAGACACGGUCAUUUAUACUGCUGGCCGGGAUCAUCUAGUCCAAAACACAAUUGUUGCUGAAAGUGGACCUAUGAAUGAUACUCCCCUUAUG